AAUCAGCUGUUAAAUGAAUUGUCAUGCGUGUUGUAUUCUUCAUUUGUUUGUUUUUAAUUUUUGGAAGUGAACAAAAAUUAUUUUGGACAAAAAUAGUUGAAUAAACAUGAGUUCGACUCCCCCGAAAGUGGACACAAGUUUAACAACCCUAACACCUGUAAGAUUUCUCGACAGUCCCAGGCCAAAGUUGCAAAAUGACCAAUUGUUAACUUGCAAAACGCGCCUCGAUACAAUCACCAAGACUUUGUUGGAUAAUUUCGCCAAAUGGCAAAUAGCACAAAAACGUGGCCAAUCUUUGUGCAAUUCAAUUGAAGCAAUUAAAACAAAAUGUCUCGAAAGCAAAUCCCCAGGAGAUUCUUUAUAUCCUGAAGAACUGCAACCAUUUUGCGAUAAGCUAGCUAUUAUUUUCAGUGUGUUUGAAGAUAUUUUAAAGAAUACAAAAGAAGCUUUAAGACAACUCAAUGCUUUAGCCAAACUUCAAGGAACCAGUUCGGAGAUAUUUUAUAGGACAUGGUUUAUAGAAGAUUUCAUAAAUUUUGCAAAAACCAUUGUCGAACGAUAUCAAGCUGAAUGUGAUGUUAAGAGAUUUGUAACAGAGGAACUUGCUCACUGCCAACAGAGAUCUGACUUAAUUCGUGUAUCCAGUUUAUGGGAGUAUCCAUGUCAUGUUGAUGAAAAUGUGAAAUUAUUGUUCUUGUUUUUAGCUGAGGAAUUAAAAGUAAAAUAAAAGUUUAUACGUUUUUCAAUAAA